AUGAGGAGUGCCUCUGGUCCGGCUUACAAGUUGAUAAUUAUAUGGAAGGCCGCUGACUUCCAUCGGUGCGGCUUCAGCGGCUGCUCUGGAGUGCCACUAAGCCGUAACGAUUCGAUUGUGGACUUUGAUCACGUUGGUAAUAUCGUCACCCUAAUCAACCACUACGACAAUAGAAAUGCUAGUCUGUCAGCGUCAGAAAAGCCUUCAUGCUACUACACCGCUCUAUUGGAGCACUCUGGACUUCAAACGAAGCUCCUUGUGUACACUGCGACCAUCCUAUCUCGGGCCGCGAUGGCUCAGUGGUUAGAGUGUGAAUUUACUGACCGAAAGGUCCGUGUUUCGAACCCGACCUCUGCCUCUCGACUUCCCCUGUCUGGGCUUGGGCAACCGGGCAGUAUCCCAGCUCUCGUGCUUUCUUUGGGUGGCAUGGCAGUUAGGCACCGAAAGGGUGCUACAGCUGAACAAAGGCAGGUGAUGAAAGAGACCGAGUACUUUGUGCUGCAGAAACGGAAAGAGAAAACUUCCAGUGGUUUGUUGGGAUUGCUAACAGGAACAGUAGAGUCGAUUUUGGAUGUUUCGGUACCCGUUUAUCGUAUUGUCAUGAAGGGGGCGGAAAAAUCAUUUUACUUGGUCGCUAAUUCAAACAGCGAGAGGGAAAUAAACAAGCACUGGAAGUACAUCAUGACGAAGCUGUGUCCGCAACUGCCGGAUUUGCCUAAAGAUGAUGUGUUCGCGUUUCUCUUCCACAAGUUUGAUUCACAUGCAGCCCGCUACGUGGAGAUGUAUGAGAUUGAGCGGAUUCCAGGACGUCUUCCAGGUGGAUUUGUUUGCAUCAAGACACCUGAGAAAUCCUAUCAUUUUGGAAUAUUUAUUCGUCCUGAAGAAACUUUCGAAAUGAUAUUGAAAUUGGCAAACUUUGGCGUUCGACAACUGCUCAUCGAUGAUUGUUACAACAACCGCGUACCUUUUCCGUUUGCUCCGAGAAAGCUUCUGCCUAGGAGCUUCUCUCGUCUUAAGGUCGAUUUGGAUGCACGGACCAAAAGCGAAGCUUAUCGAGCAGCGUUUAAUUUGCCCUCUGACGAAGAUUUGGAAAUUUCUGUGGAUUGUGAGCUGUGCACUCCAUAUGACAAGAGCUCUGUAGCGGGAAGACUCUUUCUGUCGAACCGUUUCCUCUGCUUUUACACUUGGGAUGAAACUUCGGUCAAGGUCAUCCUCCCUCUCCGGGAGGUACUCGUUGCGGAAGCGACGGAUACAAAGAACGCGUCUGUUCAUGGUGGAAUGGUUAUCACAACCAAAGAGAACGUUUUCAUUCUUAAAAACGUUCAAAAACGUGAAGAAAUCGUGGCAGCGAUUGAUCGGUUUUUGAACAGUCCAAAGAAGACGCCUGCCAGUCGUUCCAUUUCAGGGUAUUGCGGUUCCACCAAGUCACUCCUAUCAACCUCUUCAGGCUGUUCUCCGCCCAACGCUUUGAUAGAUUGGGAUCAGCAAUCCGAUGCAUCCAGCUCCUUGAGUUCAACUGGAUCCGGGCAUCUGCACGAAUCUCCAUCCACCAGUCGAGCCAAUGACCAACCGGGUCCUGCCAUGACCGGACGAUUUGCAAUCUGUCAGUCAGCAGAUGACUUGACGUGCACUACACCGACAAAUUUGCUUGUCCGAGCAAAUCUGUUUGCUACAUCAGAUGAUGCAGAAGGCGCUCGGAUGGCUAGUUGGGCAGACUAUUUCGGAUUGUACGGUUCUGGUAUGACUAUGUACAGAACCGAUCGUCUGCGCAGCCUAGUCUUGAAUGGGUUGCCUGAGAAACUUCGUGGUCGGUUGUGGAUGGUUUUAAGCGGAGCGGAAAACGAGCUUUGCGUCCAUCCAGGAUAUUAUGCGGAACUUGUUCGUCAGACGGAGGGCCGUGUUAACUUCGUUGUGGAAGAAAUUGAAAGGGACUUGCACCGGUCCCUUCCUGAACAUCCAGCCUACCAUACGUCCGAAGGCAUUGCCGCCCUAAGGAGGGUGCUUACAACCUAUGCUUAUCGCAAUCCAAGUGUCGGUUAUUGUCAAUCGAUGAACAUCGUAACCAGCGUGCUUUUACUGUACUGCACCGAAGAGGAAGCGUUCUGGUUGCUUACCGCGAUUUGCGAACGUCUUUUGCCGGACUACUAUGAUAGCCGAGUCGUCGGUGUCCGUAUCGAUCAGUACAUUCUACGGGAUCUGCUGGAAGAAAAUAUACCCAACAUCCUACCACCCUCCUCAUCGGACAGGCGUUUCAGUAAAUCUACGGACUCCGACGGAACCCGGAGUUCGAGGUCUCACUCUCCUGGUGCAGGAUUCAUCGGAUGUGAAGAUUUUGAAACAUUGAGUUCGUUAACUGCAGCAACGAGAAGGCCUCCAUUCAGACAACGAGGUGACACGCAUCCUUCUGAUAUUGGCUCGGAGUUGAUCAACAUGUUGUCCAUUUCAUGGUUCCUUACAUUGUUUAUCAACACAAUGCCAUUUCGUUGCGCCGUGUAUAUAAUGGAUUGUUUCUUUUAUGACGGUGCCAGGGUCAUUUUCCAGGUUGCCCUGGAGAUUCUUCGGAAACAUGCUGACCUGAUCGAAUCUUGUCUAAACAACGGUGAAGAAAGUGAAAUAAUGGGUCGAUUGGGGACCUUUUUUGCAAGGCUGGGGCUGAGACAUUUGACCGAAUCAUCGGACUCAAAUUUAUCCAGUCAACUUCCCACAUCGUCGCGUUGGGAACACCAAGUUUUAUUCACGAAACCCACCGAAGUAAGUGACGCGUCGACAGACAGCGGGGCGACAACAUUGGAAAACAGCCAUGGAUCCACAUGCUCCAUUCGCGAACCGGUGCACGAGUUAAUUGCAGACGCAUACACCAACUUUCCAAUGGUAACCAACGAACGCAUCAACUCGAUGCGCAUGCGAAGGCGCCUACCUGUCAUACAAGCACUUAGCGAAGCUGCUUGUCGCGAUGUGGUCCGAAGCUUGGAACAGUUCAACAUACUACCUCCAAGCGAACUUACCGAACUCUUUGUGGUGUUUCGAGAACACUACAUCGCUUCACGUUACUAUCGUCAACAUCAGGUUCAGCCUGCAACAUCUCACCAUGAAGCUUAUAAUCCCAAUCGCCCAGCUUACGACAUGCAUCGAAUCGAUGCGGAACAAUUUACCGGUCUGUUCGCCGGUCUCGUUCCUUGGAAUCGAACCGCCGCGCAUUUGGCUAUUCCAUGCUUUCGGCUGUUAGACCGUGACCACGACAAUCUUAUCAACUUCAGGGAUUUUUCUUGGUUAAUGGCUUGUAUUUGCGGCUCACACUGGGUUACAAAGUUGCAACUCCUCCACCUGCUACACCAGCCUCCUGUUUGGCAAUCGUCAUCCGCCGAUAUCGAUUGUUCGAUGACGACUCGGCAUUCACGGCCCAACUCCCACUCCUCUCCAACCGGAACCACAGCUCCACCGCACAUCAUUGCAGAUCAACCCGGUGUUAUUUCUGAACGCGUGCCAACAGAGCAUGAGUCGAGUGGGUCAUCUUCGAGUUCUGACUUUGAUAUGCUGGAGCCCGGUUUGGAAGUUACUGAAGAAAUGUUCGUCACCUGGGAUUCAGACCGAGAAUCUGACCGACUGAUGGACGCCAGCGAACAAGCAAGUACAAGUAAGGAACACGUACACGAUGUCGCUCAAAGCAACAGAAGCCGAUCAAGUAGUCAUUCCUUUAUGUCUGGAUCACCGUCAGUGUUGCACAGAGAUAACACCAAUCCCUAUCUUCCCGUUUCGGAAAAUAUGCCUCCGCUAACACAAGAAGAGUUUGUACGCUUGCUCAAAACUAUUCACUGCCUGUUAGAUGCCUCAUCUCCUCAAGAAUCAAUCUUAUUUGAUGCGGUCGCACAUGUGAGUAGUGAACUGCAGAAAACUGCGGAGGCCCGUCGAUCAAAGUCCCAAGAAAAACACAAAGGCUCCGAGCAGCCAGAAAUAAAAGAACGAGGCCGCCUUCCCAGUGACCUCAAACUCGUAGAUGAUCCGUUAUGGAGAAUUGGUUUCGCCGAACUACGGGACGCAUUCAUGCGCCAGCCACAACUAAUUGCCCACUUUUCAAAACGAACUCCUGUACUUUCAUUGUGUGCACAAUUCCGAAAACAACUCCACCGUCGCAAAUAGUGAAGACCAUCAAGUGCAGCGUUAAAGCCACAGUCAGUCAAUCUCUGUAUACUAAUCAUUUACUCUGGUUCAGUGAUCAUUCCGUCCAGUUUGACUGUUUAAUUUGUACAGAUUGUCUUCCUAAUUCCAGCUUGUGAUUUGCCCCCCAUUUCAUCCUGUGUCCGAUUAUGUACUCCAGUGGGCCGUGAUCGUGUCACCCUCCUUUCCGGGUUUUCUCAUAUGAUCUUUCUCUGUAUCCAUCUCUAUUAUUUCAUUUUGUUUCAGAUGGCUUUGUUUUCUUUUUUACGCAUAAUGCAUACUCUGA